GGCAAUUUCAUCCAAGCUCAUGGAGGCAACAUCAUACAAGCCCACGAUGGCGAUGGAUCUUGGUACUGGUUCGGCGAGAAUAAAACUGGAGAAACGACGGGCGGCACUUUCCAAGGAGUGUCGUGCUACAAGUCCUCAGACCUGUCGACGUGGGAGAAUCAAGGACCAGUGCUCUCGCCUAUAGCGAACACCAACAUCUCUAGCGAGCGCAUUGUUGAGCGACCGAAAGUGCUGUACAACGAGAAGAACUCGGAAUAUGUGAUGUGGUUCCAUGGCGACUCGUCGAACUAUGGAGCAGCACAAGUUGGUGUUGCGACAAGCAAAACGAUCAAUGGCCAGUACUCGUGGAAAGGCAACUUCAAACCCUUUGGCAACGACUCUCGCGAUAUGACGAUCUGGAAGGACCCAGAUAGCAGUCAGGCGUACUUGGUCUUUGCGACUUCAGACAACGCCGACUUCCAGAUCGCCACACUUGACAGCGAUUACUACAACGUUACAGAGGCUAUCUACACCUUCAGAAGUGUUUAUCAGGAGGCGCCAGGUGUCUUCAAAAUCGACGGAAAGUACUAUCUGCUAUUCUCUCCCCAAGAUGGAUGGACGCCUACAGACAAUGGCUAUCAUGUAGCAGAAUCUAUGUCUGGACCUUGGACUGAUGCUACACUCUUGCAUCCCAAGGGUGCCUACGCGUACUUGACGCAAAAUGCAUACGAUAUCACUAUCAACGGAUCUUCGGAUACAUUUCACUUAUACCUCGGAGAUCACUGGAAUGCAAACGCUCUUGGUACCUCAACCUACGCUUUCUAUCCAGUGCUCUACAAUCGCACCGGUUUGACUUUGCGUUCUACCGGAGGAUGGACGCUGGACGUGGCAACAGGAACAUGGGAAGACCUUCCUUUUACGACAAUCACGGCAGCCAAUUCCACUACAUAUAGUACCACUCUCACCGAAUGCCAUGAUGGCUGCGCAGGCGGCAUAGCAGCG